CAUAUUCUUCUUCUUCUUCUUCUUCUUCUAGUUGUUCUCUAAUGGCAUCCAUUAACGUUUCUUAUCUUUUUAUCCUUCUUUUCCUUUUAGCCUUCUCAGCCAAUGCUCAGCUCUCAUCUCGUUUUUACUCGAAAACUUGUCCCAAACUCGAAUCGAUUGUUCGUGCUGGUAUGGCCAAAGCUGUAAACCAAGAAAAACGAAUGGGAGCUUCGAUCCUUCGCUUGUUCUUCCACGAUUGCUUCGUAAAUGGUUGUGAUGGUUCUAUAUUACUUGAUGAUACUCCAACAAUGAGGGGCGAAAAAAAUGCAUUGCCAAAUAGGAAUUCAGUUAGAGGGUUCGAAGUAAUUGACGAUAUUAAAACUCAGGUGGAAGCUGCUUGCAAUGGAACCGUUUCAUGUGCUGAUAUUCUCGCUCUUGCCGCUCGUGAUGGGGUUGAUUUGCUUGGAGGACCAAAUUGGGUUGUACCACUUGGUCGAAAGGACUCGAGGACAGCAAGCGAGAGUGAAGCAAACAACAAUCUUCCUGCACCAAGCUCCAACCUCUCAACACUAAUCUCAACGUUCGCUGCUCAAGGCUUUAACGCCCGCGAAAUGACAGCUCUUUCCGGCGCUCACACCAUAGGUAUGGCACAAUGUCGAUUCUUUCGAUCUCGGAUCUACAAUGAUACCAACAUCUAUGGUGCCUUCGCUGCCCAGCGACAAGCUAACUGUCCAAUCAACGGUGGCGACAAUAACUUGGCCCCUCUUGACUCAACCAACAGUAUGUUUGACAAUAAAUAUUACGUUGACCUAACUAAUAAGCGCGGCUUGUUCCAUUCGGAUCAAGAACUCUUUAACGGUGGUUCACAAGAUGGAUUGGUUCGAAUCUAUAGUUUAAGUUCCCUUAUCUUUAGAUUGGAUUUUGCAAAUGCGAUGAUCAAGAUGGGAAAUCUUAGUCCUGCGAGUGGAACGGUCACUGAAAUUAGAAAAAAUUGCAGGGUGGUGAAUUAAUUAAUCUAAAUUAAUUAAACAAUAAGAACAAAUAAAUAUAUGCUUAAUUACAAAGAAAGAUGCUUUUUUCAAAGAAAAUUUACUUAUUUUCUGUUACUUUGUUGGUUUCUACGUGUGUUGUUGUAGAAUCAGAAUAUUUCUUUUUCCAAUUGAAGGAUUAAAUGCCAAAGUACUAAUGAAA